AUGAAAUGGAUCAUUCAUGAUACUUUUUUCCUUCUAUUUAUCUCGUUUGCUUUAAUAAUCUCUCCCUACUCAAAAGUAGAAGAGAGCUUCAAUACCCAGGCCAUCUACGACUUACUAAAUUUCAAUACAAACAGAUUCAACUUUGAUCAUUUUCAAUUUCCUGGUGUCGUCCCAAGAACCUUUAUCGGCUCAAUCUUAAUCUCUUUGCUUUCAAAGCCUUUUCAAAAUCUCCUACUAAACCACCCUCUUUCCUCCUCUACAACACAAUUGGACUUGCAACUCUUUUCACGACUAAUUCUAGGUCUUCUAAACUCGUUAUCCAUUUUUCAAAUUAGAAACUCUUUAUCCAGAAAAUCACAUCAAUUAGCAAACUGGUACUGUCUUUUACAAUUCACACAGUUCCAUCUUCCUUACUACUCAACAAGAUUCUUACCAAACUUCAUCGCUUUACCCUUUGUUAACUACUCAAUUUCUCUAAUAAUUGACAAAAAAUACUCACUUGCCUUGUUUCUACUAUCCUUCAUAGGCAUCAUCUUUAGAGUAGAAAUCGUCGCCUUUGCUGCCUCCUUAUCCUUUGUCCUAGUAUUUGUCUAUCCAUUCAUAUCACUCAGAAAUGCUCUCAUUUAUCAUUUAUCAGGUUUCAUUGCUAGCGUCCUAUUGUCCUCGAUAAUAGACUCCUACUUUUGGAAUGUUAUUCCCAUGAUACCUGAACUAAUAAGCUUGAUAUUCAAUGUCCUUGAGGGAAACUCAAAAUUAUGGGGCGUUGAACCUUUUCUAGCCUAUUUUUAUAAAUAUUUACCUAAAAUCUUUUUCCCUCCCACAGUAUUAAUCCUAUCAAUUCUAGGCCUAUACAAAAAUCAAAAUAUGAUUAGAAUCUUAGGUUUAUCCUCGUUUCUAUUCAUCCUAAUAAUGUCGACUCAAGGCCAUAAAGAAUGGAGAUUCAUUAUCUAUACAAUUCCUUGCCUAACUAUAGCAGCAGCUAAUGGAAUUAACAACUACUCCAAAUUCAAUGGAAUAAAAUAUCUAACAAUCAUUGGCAUCCUCUUAUCAUUUUCAUUUUCUUUAAUCAACAUCUACAUCUCAUCGCUAAACUAUCCCGGAGGACAUGCCUUGCAAGAACUUAACCAAUUUAUAUUAAACAAAUAUAAUCAUAAUCAUAUAGUCCAUAUGGAUGUUUACCCAUGCAUGACUGGAAUCACCAAAUUUGGCUACCUAAGACAAGACAAAUUUCCAAAAGGCGUUAAUUUGACUUAUGAUAAAACAGAAAAUUUUACGAAAUUAAAUGAAAUCUGGCCAACAUUUGACUAUUACAUCACUAACAUUAAUAUCGAUUCAAACUUCCUUGCCAAAAAUGCCAAAAAUAUAAACAUUAACAAUACUACGAACAUAAAUUUUGAAAAUUGGAAACUAAUAAAAUCAAUUGAGGCAUUCAAUGGGAUAAAUACUAAUCAAAUCAAGAAAACACUCUUUGAGGAA